AACAAUCAGCCGCCAUCUUGGCUCCACUCACUGUACUGGUUGCUUCGAUCCGACUGAUGUUUGACAAGUAGCUCAACCUGUUGUAGGAAAGACCAACACGUAACAAGCCAACAUGCCUAAAAAGUCUAAAAAGGGCAAAGGAAAGGGAAAGAAGGGGAAGAAGGGAUCAAAGAAAACAAAGAAGAAUGAAUCAGUUGUUGCAAUUGCAGCUGCAAACUCAAGAGUAUGGGAAUCAAGGUUGGAUGUGGCUGAAAGGUCUAAGCAGGAAUUCCGGGACAAUGCCAAACACUUGAUGUUGGAGAAUGAUGCUCUGCAGACUCAGAUGUUACAGACAGAGCAGGACACCAUCGAUGUCAUCACCUACCUCAAGAAACAGGACCAGGACAAGGAUACACAGCUGGAACGUCUGCAGCAGCAGAUGCGAGACAUGAAGAAGGAGCACCGUAAGGAGAAGGAGGUGAUUGUGGAGGACUUCAGCAAGCAGAUAAAUGAGUUGGAGGAGAAGUUGGGUGAGAAGAUGCGUGAGGUGGAACUCAUGCAGUCGGAACUCAAGAUGGUCAAGGAGUUCCGCCGGCGCCGUGGUCAGAUGCAGAAGGAGUUGGAUGAGAUCAAGGAAGCCAUGCACAGCGCCAACAGGGAACAUAAGGCUACUCUUGCCAGGAUGGAACAGAAAUUCUUUGAGGAAAAGAUGCGCUUGCAACAAGAAGCUAACCAGAAAAUAGCUGAACUGGCUGAGAAGGCUCACACAGAGGCGAUUUCUAACCUGGAUGAGACAACCAAGUCUGUGUACAAGGAGAAUGUGAGACUGACAGAGGCCCUGAACUACCACAUGAAGGAGGGGGACAUGUUGAAGAAGGAGCGUGAGCGACUCCUAGAGCUGAGUGAGCGGCUCCAGGGAGAGAAGGAGGUCAAUGAGCUGAUGGUCCAGAACAAGGUGGUGCAGGCAAAACAGCAGAAGGAGGAGAUCAAACAGUUAACUGAGAAACAGGAAACGCUUGAACAGUCUCUGAGUCAUGUUGUUCGAGAGUUUGAGAGAGAGAAACAAUCUCUGGUUGAGACAGCUGAGACUGAGACUGAGGCUGCCAAGGUUGAGCUUGUCAAACUCCAGAGAGUCAUUGAGAUGAAGACAAGGGAGAUGAACAAAGUCAAGAAGCUGGCUAAAAACAUUCUGGACCAGCGGACAGAGCUGGAGCGAUUCUUCCUGCAAGCCUUGGAGCAAGUGAAAGGAGAGAUCGCAGCUAACCAAGCGCAGUACCGGCGUGAUGCACAAGCAGCCUAUCAGCACCGGAUGCUGUUUGCACAUGCAGGCAAAGGCAGCUACCCCAAGAUCCGAACGUUCACCAAGUCGGACACCAGCACCAACAGUGUGUUCAAGGACCUGGAGGCAGCAGAGAGAUUGUAUGAUGUGACGGGGAAGGUUGAUAUCAGUGACCUCACAUGGGAACAGAAGGAAAAAGUGCUCCGCUUCCUCUUUGCCAAAAUGAACGGUGCAGAAACCACAACUGACAAAGCGCAGGGCCUGCCAACAAUAAAGGGUCAACAUAUGGAGAGACAGAGUAGCCUCACACAAGCUGAUGGAGACCACAAGGAUGCUGAUGCUGAUGAUCUGACCUUCCUCACCCAGGCCAAGGUCGACCUUCCUGGGGACCUCAACCCUCAUGCUGUCAUCCCACACAUCGGGGGCAACCUGGGGAUGCUGGUGGAACCACAGGCAUCAUGAUGUGCCAAACUGUCUUCUUGUUUUCUAUGUAUUUGUUAUAUCAUGAAAAUCAAAGCCUUUCUUGAUUGAUUGAAGGCUGUUUGAAGUCAAAAACUUACUGUCUCAAAGGAGGCAUUUUGAAGUCAUUACUUCUUGGAACGUGUAGGUUGGGAUAGAUAGAAAUGGUCUAAUGUAAAAUGUCACAUUAUUUUUAUCCAAUUGAUUUUGAAUUACUACCAAGUUGAAUGUUACUAAAGAAUCUGGCUUCUGAACACAGGGAUUCUGGUAAUUCUGAGCAAUACCAUCUACAUGCGAUAUUGAAGUAUGUCCUGGUAACACAGAUUUAACCAUGUGUUUGCGAUAUUUUUUUUACAAUACGUUUAUUUUGUAAAUCCAUAUACCUGCAACCAGCAUUGUGUGCUCCAACCAUGUCCUUGCCUUCACUAUAAUGUGCUUUAUUGUUGUACUUGUCAGCAAAUGUCAGGAAAUUGAUGCGUGUCAAGGAUGUCAUGAACAGCUGUCUUCAUUGUCAUAAUACGAAAUCAAUACCAGCAUCUAACCAAAAUCGACAUCACCUUACUCAGCUGGUUUGAGAAUGGCAACUUUGUUUUGUCCACCUGUCCAGGUGAUUAAAUAGCACAGAUAAAAAUCAAUUUCAAAAACACACAAACUAGUAUUCAAGAUACUGAAAAUGAAAUAUAUGAUGAUUACUUACAACAGCUGCUGCAAGUGAUGACUGUGGAUGAAGAAAAAUAAUAUGCUCACUACAUUUGACAUUUACUGACGAGUUUACUUCCCAACAAAACCAAAUGUAUUAUCCUAUCCUUCCAAACCAGUUGUCUCCCCUAGAGUAGCAGAUUAUGCAAGCUGCAUCAAGUACUUGAUACUGAGUUGGACCAUAUUCAGGCCGUGUUAUGAGUGAGUGAGUGACUUAAAUAUAGCCAUAUAGCAACAGGGGAAAGUUAUACAUUCAUUAAAUGCAUAUACAGUAAAAUAGAAGGUUAAAUAUCACCCAUGCUGUAUAAAACAAACCAAAUGGUUAAAAGUUUAACAUAUUUUGUCAGAGAGCACAAUAGUUAUGUUAUUCAUGGGAACAAAUUUACAUCUUAUGAAUAUUUUUUUCAUAUUUUGCCCUUUUUCUAAUCUAACAUUUCUGUAGAGGGUUAGUAAGGGGCUAUGCCACUUUUAGCAAUAUUUCAGCCCAGAAUGGGUUUCAUACAUUGUACCAUUGAGGUUCAAUCUUAAAUUGAUGGUUCACCCAAGCCUUUCUGUAAAAGUAUACUUCAUUAAACAAGUUACUCAUAGCUCGAGCAUGUUUACUGACCAUACAGCAUGGAUGUUGAAGUCAGUAGUUCAGGGUAGAUCUUAGACUUGAUGCAGCUCAUGGUAUUUGCCCUAGUGGACUGAAUGCUCCACCAAAGCCUUUAUGUAUUAUACCUAAUGUAUUACUCUAACCCCAGUAUUCUAGUGUCUUUCUACACUUUACACUGUUUUAUAGUCAAUAUUUUAUAAACCUACUUUGUACAUACCCUGAAUCCUGUCUGUGAUAGUGUGGAACCGUGUAUUUAUUGAAGUCUUAGAACAAAGCAAUGACCAUCAACUUGCUUGCUAACCCUAUCAAUGUGAUGAAAUACUAGUGUUAACAUCUUAUAGUAUUACUCUUGAUUUGGCCAGUAGUGUAUUAGGUUGGUCAUCUUCUUUGUGGAAAAAUUCAGAGAUAUAUUUUUUUUAUGUUAAUAUCUUUCCAGUGUCAUUUAGUUCUUAAAUAAAUUAAUUUUGUACAUAGUUUGUGUAUAUGUCCAGGACAGAAACGUGUUUGAGCUGAUGAAGUAUUGUAUUGGUAGAUGAUUAAAGUGUGAAGUCUG